UGCAUCAAGACAUGAAUGAAAUACAAAAUAAAUAAUUUUAAUAUUUUUUACUAUAUAGAAACCUACAAUAUUUAUUUAAUCUCACCAUAAUACGAAUAUUUAAUCAAGUAACAUGCAAUUUAUUCCUGAAUAAAAAUAUAUAUUCUUUGAAAUUUUGUUUGAAAAAUAGCAAAUAUAGAUUUGAUAGGCCUACACUUAUUAAAAUAAAGUUGGGGCGAGAAGUAUUAAAAUAUGAUGAUACUAGUACUCCAUUCCCCUUAAAACACAAUUAUUGUGCACAACUGAAAUAGUACAGUUGAGUUGAACAUAUACUCAAUUUGUUUUGCAGCGACCUGAACCUUCGACAUCUGGAUUUUCAACAUCUGGUCCUGGACCUUCGACAUCUGGGCUUUCGAAAUGUGGAUCUUCGACAUCUGGACUGACAACUGGAUCUUCGAGAUCUGUACGGACGAGACUGGCCGCACUGUGUCGUGGCAUGCGAGCGGGUGGCCCGCACGCAUCGCGCAACAUGAGAUGGACCAUCUGAGGGGCCGGCUGUACAGCGAUGUGAUGAUCUGCACAUCUCUGACCUGCGGGUGCUGGCAGGAGGUGAACGCGACGGGCGGCCGGCUGCACAUACCCUUCACUCCGAGGAAGGGAGCCACGCGCGUCCUGUUGCGACAGGCCACGUGACGUAGCUUCGGCCGUCACCGCUUCCUCAACUCCCAUUUUUGUGUGUGCUUCCAACUGUUUGAAUAAAUAUCUGGUGUUAUGAAUGAA